AUGCCGGACGCGGAAGUGGUCCGGCUAGUGAACUACAUCUCGAACUGCAAGCUCUCGGAGGCAGAGGUUCUGCUUUUGCCGCCUGAUGAGUCGGCCACAAUGCAGAUCCUCACACCCCAGCCGGCAGCCGACGCCCUGGAGCAGGGUAAGAAGUACCUGCCGGACCGGUCAGCGAGUGACGCGGAUGACCCCGACUUGGGGGCGGUUGCCCUGGAAGAGGGCGACGCCACAGGUGGUGGCGGGCGGAGCAGGGCCCCGCUCUCUCUUGAGCGGUCGGCCUCUUCUUCCGAGGCACGCGAGGAGCGGGAGGAGGCAGAGCGGCAGAAGGUGGCGGCAGCAAAGGCGGCGCAGGAGGAGGCUGACGCGGUGGCCAAGGCCCAAGCCGACGCCUCGGCCAAGGCCCAGGCGGAUGUCGCGACCAAGGCCCUGGCGGACGCGGCCGCCAAGGUGCAAGCGGAGGAGGCCGCACGCGGCCGAGGUCCGCAAUUCAUCAUCCCCUUGCGCUCCGCGCCACCUGCGCCAGAGAUCCCGGCGCCGACUGGAGGAGUCGGCGACAAUCAGCCGGUCAUGGAGAGGGAAGGGGGCGAUGCCGUCAUCCUGAGGACAGAGGUGCCCCAGCAAGCGCUGACUGCUGAGGCCCAGGGCAGUCAGCCUGACGUGCCGCCAACGCCUCCAGUCGGUGGCGAGCUGGUGGUGGGGGCGACCCCCGUGGUUCGCAGUCUGGUGCACCAUUGUGCGGCGAAGGCGACUUCAGCGCUACACCCGCAGGAGAUCGGGGCCACGAGCUCGUCGGCCCCGGAGGCGGAGGCCACUAGUGCCGCCCAUGAGAGAGCCAACGCGGACCUUCAGCAGCGCCUGGGCGAAGCCCAAACCGCACUGCGCGCCAAGGAGGAGGAGUGCAGCAAGGUGGCGCAAGAGCGCGACCGCCUGGCCAAGAAUCUUGCUGAUCAGGCGGACCAGCACAAGGCGGCCCUCCAGGCGGCGAAGGAUAGCGAGGCCAGCCUCCUGGCCGAGUUCGAGACCGAGCGCUCGGUCUGGGCUGAGACGGAGAAAGCGCUGACCGAUGGCUACGGCGCGAUCGAGGAUAUGAUCGACGAUUUCUUCCCUGGUUAUGUCGUUGCCGCCAACCAGGCCAUCGAAGCUUGCCGCGACGAGGGGAGACAGGCUGGCGCGCAAAUCCCGCCCAAUGCCGCACGGUCCCUUGGCGAGCAGCUUCUUGCCGUCCAGGCUCGUCUCCAGCCGGCUCAUCGGAUGCUCCGCCCUGCAGGGUGUCGGAGCCCAGGUGAUCUCCGCCCUCUGGCCAGGCAUCUAGGCUCCGCGCACCCCUAG